AUGGAGGCAUCGCCCCUCACACAGCAGACUAGACCCGAGACUUUCCAGCCAAAGAUCGUCCAGCUCUACGAGUCUCUCUUCAAAUCCCCUGAAUAUGCAGAGCCCUCCGAGGGCUUCUGGCGGGAGUUCUUUUUGUUGCCGCCAGACGCAGGCCAGUUUCAUGUGCUGCUGGACGAGUUGAGUCCUGAUGAUGCAUUGGCCUUGCAGGCGCAAACACAGCAUCUCUUUGCGCGGGCAAUCAAGGAGGCUGCGGCUGGAGUCUCGCCGGCAGACUCCUAUGCAUUGGAUACCUUGACGAUCUUCCUGACCAGUAUCUUGAGCAAAAAGUACACUAAUCCCAGCUCAGAUGUGAUCACUGUUCUUGCAGGUCUCGAUGAGGUUGACCGUGUUAUUGCGGAGUUUGUUUCUGUUCUGGAUGGAAUUAUCCGCAAUGGUAAAUCCUUGCAACUUCGGCGCAAAGCAAUCAGAGUCGCCAUUGCGAUGACCAGUGGGGCAUACAAAACAAGCCUCGUUUCUUAUUUCACCCAUCGGGACUUGUUCCCAUCUUUGAUGAAGUAUGUUCAUAACUCAGAUACCCCUAUGGAAGUGUUCGACCCGUUCCUGCUACUGGGACUUUUGGCGAACUACAACAAGUUUGAAUUCCAAAAUCCAUACCAGCUUCGCCUUGAUGAUUUUGUCAAUGAGUCGAGCAUUCAACAAAUUGUCAAGGGCGUUGGUCUUGCCUGUGGUGGCUUGCGCAACGGCUAUGUUGCUGUGCAGGAUGAUAUCCCCGAGGGCUGGUCCUUGACGAGCACUUUGAUCUUCUUUGGACUUCGGGCCCUCGCGCCUGGUGCGCGGGAUAAAGCGAAUCCACCAAGCGCUGAGGAAGCGAAAACCAUGUUUGCUGCGCUGCCUGCCCAGGAGGCUGCCAUCCUACUGGCUACUUACGACUUUGCAAAUGCGAACAAACUAUUUGGCUAUCACAUGGUCCAUAUGAUUCCAGAAAAGAAUGAAGAGUCUCCCUUUUCAAGCUUUUUGUCCUUGUCAUCAUACCUCCUGCAGCAUGCCUACCGCUCUGUGCGAGUAGCACACUAUGCUGAGCUAAGUCUUUUCACGCUACGCAUUCUUGUUGAGGAUCCAACCCUCUGCAAGCACAUAUGCAGCGAAGAUGGCAAGCGGAAAGUUCGAGUCUGUCGACAAAGACAACCGUAUCUUCCACUUAUCGGCGGAGACCGAGUAUUAGCCACAGUCAUCUUCGACGUAAUCAUCGAUACCAUCACACACAACCUCCGACGACGACUGGAUGUCAACAUCUACAGCCAUGCCAUCGCCAUCAUUCUCCGCCUUCUCACGUAUCUCUCAAUCAACAAAAUUCGGUUAACAUACCACUGGUCUGAACUAUGGCGGACUCUUCUAUCUCUAAUGCGCUUCCUCACAACCUACGCAACUGAUUUGACCAGCAACCCCCAAAUCAACACCUUAACCAGCUGCCUAGCCGACGUUCUUGCAUUUUGCGUCUCAGGCGGCGACACCUUCCUCCCUGACCCAUCCUCAUACGACGAUCUCUUCUACAAGCUCGUUGAGACAGGUCCCGUCAUCUCUAAAUUCCGAGAUGUCUAUUCCCUCACCCGUACCCCGAAACUCCCAAACUCCACAUCUACUACUCCCUUACCCGAUGCAGCGAAAGAUCUCCACGCUGCGGCCAUCGAUACCCUUCUCAGCGUAUCGACACAUUUCUAUACAUUGCUAUUCCAUUCCGACUCUGCCGAUCCAUCUGCAGCUGCAUCGGUAUCCGCUAGUCCGAAUCUGAAGGGGGAUGGUGAAGAACCGACACCUGUCGCGUUACCUUCUAUCAAGAAGAAAAAUCUUAGUCCCCGGGAGGUACACAGGAUUAUCAAGCAGGGCUAUGAGACAUUGAGUAUUCAGCCACCAGAGGGAUUGAGUGCUUGGUCGAAGUGGAGGGAGUCGGAGUGGAAGACUGAGCUGAAGAAGGCGGCUAGGGUGGUCGUUGAUGAUGCGAGACAGUUGGUUGCUUAG